AUGAAAACAUUCAGCGACACUGCAAUCUACUACUGCCUACAAGUAGAAAAACUUGACAUUACAUUUCUGAAAGGAAUAUUUCUGAGAGUCAAAGAGCCAGAACCUGAGAUCAUUGCCAUCACAGAAGACUUUGUAUCUGAUCCAGUCCGUCCAGAAGACUCAGCGACUCUCCGGUGUUCAGUCCUCUUCGACCUUAAGAGGAAAACGUGUCCAGUAGAUCACAGAGUGUACUGGUUCAGAGCCGGAGCAGAUGAAUCUCAUCCCAGUUUAAUUUAUGCUCAUGAAAACACUGUGAAUCAGUGUGAAAAGAAUCCUGAAGCUCAGUCGACACAGAAAUGUGUCUACAACUUCUCAAAGAUCGUCAGCUCCUCUGAUGCUGGGACUCAUUACUGCGCUGUGGCCACGUGUGGAGAGAUAUUAUUUGGAAAUGGAACAAAAGUGGACAUUGAAGUUGUCGACACGUGUGAUUCACAAAAGGACAAUACAAUUGUCCUUCUGUUGUUUGCUGCUUUGGCUGUAAGUCUGAUUGUUACAGCCUUCCUUGUUUGUGCCAUCACAAUGAAAUCUUGUGGUUGUUGCAACGCUGCCGUCAGUCUGCAAACAAAUGCUGCAGCAGCCAGUGGUAAUCAUCAAAGUCAGCAGAGUGAUGAGGACAGAUGGGUUUAUUCUACAGUCGUAUUCACCAUGAUUAAAGCUGACUACCACUAAAAUCCGACGGAGGGAAAGCUACAAAAUUAACAACAGAAUAAGUUUGUAGAAAUGCACUGAUCCAAUUCCCUUACUCAGUCCUGGCACCGACAUAUUUGAUGGGCGGAAUAUCUGAAGUUUACAUGUUUUCAGUCAGAGAAAAAUACUGAUUGGUACUGAAUAUCAGCCAGCGCCCUGCACUGGUACCAGUGUGAAUCUUGUUUAGACACAGAGACCACAGAUCUGUUGUAAGUAAAUUUCUAUAGAGUUUAUGCUAUUUGCUUUUUUUUUCUUUUUGGUUUAUUGUUUUUGUUAUUGUUUUGACCAUUAAAACUAUUUGUGAACGUGAUUUCGAGCUGCUGUGGACAUGUCAUUGUGUUGGUUUCCUUGAGAUUUACAAAUGCCAGAAUAACUGAAAUCCAUCCGUCGCUUACAUAAACAGUAGUUUAUCAAGUUUUGAACUUUGACAGCCUCAGAGGGAUUUAACAGGAUUACUUGCCAUCUAUAGUUUUCUAGA